GCUGGCAGCCUGGAGUCUCUGUGUCUCAAAGCUGCCUGCCGUCCAUCUCCUCAUUUCAGAAGACUCCAGACACAGAAUCACUCAAUGCAACCUAGAAAGAAGACCUCAACAUUCCAUUUGGGAGGAAGCCUAAAAAUGGUGUUGCGGAUGUGCGCUCAGAAUAGACUAUUUCUUAUCCUUUUGAAUGUGAUCCUAAUUUCCAAACUCCUUGGGGCUAUAUGGUUUCCUAAAACUCUGCCCUGUGAUGUCACGGUGGAUGUUCCAAAGGCUCAUGUGAUCGUGGACUGCACAGAUAAGCAUCUGAUGGAAAUCCCUGGAGGUAUUCCCACCAAUGCCACCAACCUCACCCUCACCAUUAACCACAUACCAGCCAUCUCCCCAGCCUCCUUCCGCAGGCUGGAACAUCUGAUAGAAAUUGAUUUCAGAUGCAACUGUGUACCUAUUCGACUGGGGCCGAAAGACAACAUUUGCAGUGAGAGGCUGCAGAUUAAGCCCAGAAGCUUUAGUAGACUUACUUCUUUACAAGCCCUUUAUCUAGAUGGAAACCAGCUUCUGGAGAUACCUCAAGGUCUUCCUGCCAGCUUAAAGCUGCUGAGCCUUGAGGCCAACACCAUCUUUUCCAUAAUGAAAGAGAAUAUAACGGAACUGGCCAACAUAGAAAUACUCUACCUGGGCCAAAAUUGUUAUUAUCGCAAUCCUUGUAAUGUUUCAUUUUCAAUUGAAAAAGAUGCCUUCCUAAGCCUGAAGAAUUUGAAAGUGCUGUCCCUAAAAGAUAACAAUAUCUCAGCUGUUCCCACUGUUUUGCCAUCUUCUUUAACUGAACUCUAUCUUUACAACAACAUCAUCACAAAAAUCCAAGAACAUGAUUUUGAUAACCUCAACCAACUGCAACUUCUUGACCUAAGUGGAAAUUGCCCUCGUUGUUAUAAUGUCCCAUUUCCUUGUACACCCUGUGAAAAUAAUUCUCCCCUACAGAUCCACGUAAAUGCUUUUGAUGCGUUAAUAGAAUUAAGAGUUUUACGUCUGCAUAGUAACUCACUUAGGCAUGUGCCUAAAAGAUUGUUUCAAAACAUUAAAAAACUUGAGGAACUAGACCUUUCCCAAAACUUCUUGGCCAAAGAAAUUGGAGAUGCCAAAUUUUUGCAUUUUCUUCCCAACCUUGUCCAAUUGGAUCUGUCUUUCAAUUAUGAGCUUCAGGUCUAUCAUGCAUAUAUGAAUCUAUCAAAUGAAUUUGCUUCACUGAAAAAUCUGAGAAUUUUGCGGAUCAAAGGAUACGUGUUUAAAGAGCUGAAUAGUCUCAACCUCUCCCCUUUACGGAAUCUUUCCAAUCUUGAAGUUCUUGAUCUUGGCACUAACUUUAUAAAAGUUGCCGACCUCAGCAUAUUUAAACAAUUUGAAAAGUUGAAAGUCAUAGAUCUUUCAUUGAAUAAAAUAUCACCUUCAGGAGACUCAAGUGAUGUUGGCUUCUGCCCUAACUCGAGAACUUCUGUAGACAGUUAUGGACCCCAGGUCCUCGAAGCUGGACACUAUUUUAGAUAUGAUGAGUAUGCAAGAAGCUGCAGGUUCAAACACAAUCAGACUCCUUUUUUGCCCUUUAAUGGAAAUUGCAAAAUGUAUGGGCAGACCUUGGACCUAAGUAAGAAUAAUAUAUUUUUUGUCAAGUCCUCUGAUUUCCAACAUCUUUCCUUCCUUAAAUGCUUAAACUUGUCAGGAAAUUCAAUUAGCCAAACUCUUAAUGGCACUGAAUUCCAGCCUUUAGUGGAGUUGAAGUAUUUGGACUUUUCUAACAACCGACUUGAUUUACUCUACUCAACAGCAUUUGAGGAGCUACGCAACCUAGAAAUUCUGGAUAUAAGUAGUAACGGCCAUUAUUUCCAAUCAGAAGGACUUACUCACAUGCUGAACUUUACCAAGAACCUAAGUUUUCUGAAGAAACUGAUGAUGAACGACAAUGGCAUCUCUACCUCCUCCAGCAGGACCAUGGAGAGCAGUUCUCUUAAAAUUCUGGAAUUCAGAGGAAACCACUUGGAUGUUUUUUGGAAAGAUGGUGAUAACAGAUACUUACAAUUCUUCAAGAAUCUGCAAAACUUAGAGGAAUUAGACAUCUCUGAAAAUUCCCUGAGUUUCUUGCCUCCUGAGGUUUUUGAUGGUAUGCCUCCAAAUUUAAAGACCCUCUCCUUAGUCAAAAAUGGGCUCAAGUCUUUCAGUUGGGAAAGACUUCAGCUUCUGAAGAAUCUGGAAACUUUGGACCUCAGCCAAAACCAGCUGAAGACUGUUCCCGAGAGAUUAUCCAACUGUUCCAGCAGCCUCAAGAGACUGAUUCUUAAUAAUAAUCAAAUCAGGCAACUGACAAAGUAUUUUCUACAAGAUGCUUUUCAGUUGCGACAUCUGGACCUCAGCUCAAAUAAAAUCCAGAUUAUCCAAAAGACUAGCUUUCCAGAAAACGUCCUCAACAAUCUGGAGACGUUGCUUUUGCACCAUAAUCGGUUUCUGUGUACCUGUGAUGCUGUGUGGUUUGUCUGGUGGGUUAACCAUACGGAGGUCACUAUUCCUUACCUGGCCACUGAUGUGACUUGUGUGGGGCCAGGGGCACAUAAGGGCCAGAGUGUGGUCUCCCUGGAUCUGUACACCUGUGAGUUAGAUCUGACUAACCUGAUUCUGUAUUCAUUUUCCAUAUCUAUGGCUCUCUUUCUGAUGGUGGUUACGACAGCAAGCCACCUCUAUUUCUGGGAUGUGUGGUAUAGUUACUAUUUCUGCAAGGCCAAGAUAAUGGGGUAUCAGCGUCUGAUAUCACUGGAUUCUUGUUAUGAUGCUUUCAUUGUGUAUGACACUAAAGAUCCAGCCGUGACAGAAUGGGUUUUGGACGAGCUGGUGGCCAAAUUGGAAGACCCAAGAGAGAAACAUUUUAAUUUAUGUCUUGAGGAAAGGGACUGGUUACCAGGGCAGCCAGUUUUGGAAAACCUUUCCCAGAGCAUACAGCUGAGCAAAAAGACUGUGUUCGUGAUGACAAACAAGUAUGCAAAGACUGAGAACUUCAAGAUAGCAUUUUACCUUUCCCAUCAGAGGCUCAUAGAUGAAAAAGUGGAUGUGAUUAUCUUGAUAUUCCUUGAGAAACCUCUUCAGAGAUCCAAGUUCCUCCAGCUCCGGAAGAGGCUCUGUGGGAGUUCUGUUCUUGAGUGGCCAACAAAUCCACAGGCUCACCCAUACUUCUGGCAGUGUCUGAAAAAUGCCUUGGCCACGGACAAUCAUGUGGCCUAUAGUCAGGUGUUCAAAGAGACAGUCUAGCCCUUUGUAAAAUGUGACUGCCUAGCUACCAAGGAGACAUUUAGUUGCCUGAAUUCUCUCAUCAAUUUCUCACCAAGAGUGUUUUGAAAUUCUCCAAGAGCUGGAAUUGCCUGUAUCACCACCGUUAGACAAAGGAGUUGGAAAGAUGGGAUUUAUAAAUGCAUCUGAGCCUUCCUUCCUAUGUCUCUAUGUCUCCACUUGCACUUGAGUCUCUCUCCUCAGCUCUUGUGUAAAAUAUAUUAGGAGAAAGGUGGCAAGUAGAGGACAUGGGGCUCUGAUUCUCCUAUAAAAUGUGGUUAGUAAAUAUACACACAAUCAUGAAAUUGAGAAGAACUGAGGUUCUAUGCUUAAUAAGUACUGGUGCAUGUGGAAAUAGGGUAAAAAUGCUCAGGCUCUGUCUAUACGGCACCAACAUGUGCCAUAGUUAGUUGAGAGAAAUAAAAACCCAGUCAAACCGUUAACUCACUUCUCAACCAACUGCAUCAUCUAAAGUCUCUUUCUGUGGAGGCCAAGUGUUGGCACAGGCAGAUGGUUGCUUCUUUGGUACCACUUGCUCUUUUUCCCUGGACCUGCUGCUGGAUUCCAUGAGGAGAUAGUGAGAGACAUCUUUACCACCACAAGACAUGAUA